UUCUUCUCUGCCUGCUCCACCCCAGGCACUCAGGAUGGCACUGCCACUGUGGAAGAGGGGCUCCACAUACUGAAGGUGGGGUCUGGCCCUGUGCUAGCUGCGCUGGCGGAGCUGGUGGCUCUGCCCUGUCUUUUUACUCUGCAGCCAUGGCCCGGCACCAUUCGAGACAUCCCUCGGAUCAAAUGGACCAAAGUUCGAACUGCGUCAGGCCAGCGCCAGGACUUGCCCAUUUUGGUGGCCAAGGACAAUGUGGUGCGUGUGGCCAAGGACUGGCAGGGAAGGGUGUCACUGCCUGCUUACCCCCGGCACCGAACCAAUGCCACCCUUCUGCUGGGGCCACUUCGGGCCAGCGACUCCGGGCUGUAUCGCUGCCAGGUGGUGAGGGGCAUUGAAGAUGAACAGGAUGUGGUGACUCUGGAGGUGACAGGUGUGGUAUUCCAUUACCGGGCAGCCCGGGACCGCUAUGCACUGACUUUCGCUGAGGCCCAGGAGGCCUGCCGCCUGAGCUCCGCCAUCAUCGCGGCCCCAAGGCACCUGCAGGCUGCCUUCGAAGAUGGCUUUGACAACUGCGACGCGGGCUGGCUCUCAGACCGCACAGUUAGGUACCCUAUCACCCAGUCGCGUCCUGGUUGCUAUGGUGACCGCAGCAGCGUGCCUGGGGUUCGGAGCUAUGGGAGGCGCGAUCCACAAGAACUCUACGAUGUAUACUGCUUUGCUCGCGAGCUGGGAGGCGAGGUCUUCUACGUGGGUCCUGCCCGCCGUUUGACCCUGGCGGGGGCGCGGGCGCAGUGCCACCGGCAGGGCGCGGCGCUGGCCUCGGUGGGGCAGCUGCACCUGGCGUGGCACGAGGGCUUGGACCAGUGCGACCCGGGCUGGCUGGCGGACGGCAGCGUGCGCUACCCGAUCCAGACGCCGCGCCGGCGCUGCGGAGGCCCGGCUCCUGGCGUGCGCACCGUCUACCGCUUUGCCAACCGCACCGGCUUCCCGGCGCCCAGCGCGCGCUUCGACGCCUACUGCUUCCGAGCUCAUCACCCCACACCAACACAUGGAGACCCCGAGACACCUUCAUCUGGAGAUGAGGGGGAGAUUGUGUUGGCAGAGGGACCCCCAGCCCAAGAAGUAGAGCCCAGCCUGGGGGAAGAUUUCCAGGAAACACUUGUGUCCAGUGGGGAAGAUGAACCCAUGGGCUUUGCAACAACUCAAGAGUCUCAGAAGAUCGCUGACUCUACUCCAGGGGACUCCACACUGACUUUGUGGCCCCCUACAGAAAAGUGGCUGCUCACAGGUGCCAUAAGCUCCUCGGGUGUCCCCAGUCCCAGCAGUGUGAGUGUGGACGUGGCAGGGACAACACCCUCGGGCACAGAGAUGGCCUAUACCCCCACACUGAAGAGGGGCCGCUUCAAAGUGUUGAAUGGUCGACAUUUCCAGCAACAGGACCCAGCUGGCCAACUGGGGGCAGCAGAGGCCAGUGCCCAGACCCCCACCCCAGAGGUGCAGCUUCCUGUGGCCACAGAAACCUCAGGAAAUGACCAGAGUCGCAGUCCCUGGGCCAUCCUGACCAAUGAGGUAGAUGUGCCAGGAACAGGUUCCCCUGGCAGCAGAAGCCCCCCAGAGUCCUGGCUAUGGCUCCCAUCUUUGACCUCACCUAGCAGCCCAGACCUCAGCGGAACCUCUGAUCUGAAACCAGGGGCAGCGGAGGCCCCCAGCGUGAAGCCAGCCAUGCAUGGGCUUCCCUGGUCACUCUCAGAGCCUGCUGUCACCAUCUCCAGUCUUUCAGAGCCCCCUAGCACUGUCCCCUGGGAGGCAUCCCCUGACAACGCCUCCCCAGACUUCCCUAUCGUGGCCAUGCUUCGUGCUCCCAAACUGUGGCUCCUGUUACACUCCACAUCUGUCCCCACUGAUGCCAACAGGGACAAGGGGCAUGAUGGGACUGUGACCCCCAUUUCACCCUCCAAGUCCCGGGGCCUGGAAGGACAGGGUAGGGAGGCCACCCCUGCCACACUCAGCAGCCUUGAAGUUCGAGGACCCAUGGCCUCUUCCCAGACUACCACGGACACCCAAGUUGGAGCCAGCCCCAAAUCCCCAGCACCAGAAUCUGGAGAAAUGAGGGAGAUUGGCCCCGCCCAGGCUAGGGAGAACCCCGACUCUGGCCCAUGGGUCUCUGCUGACUCUGGGAGUAUGACAGUUGAUCCUGUCCCCUCUGACCCUGGCAUUCUAGGGAUGGAGUCUGGGGUCUUGGAUGCAACAGAGAGUUCCAUGUCCAGUAGGCAGGCCACUGUGGAUGAGACACUGGGCACCUGGCCAUCAAUGCCUAGGCCAGGGUUGGACACCAGGCCCCUGUCCACUCCCUGGGGAGGUCCUGGAGUCACCUUGUACAUGGAGACUCCCACAGCUUCAGAGGGGGGUGUCACCAAGGGUCCUACAAAUACCACAGUGGAGGUGGCCCCCAGCGGUGCUGGUGCCUUUUGGGGAUCUGGACCCCAAAGUUCUGUUUCCAGCACCCAUGCAGUUGUGGAUCGAAGUGUGGUACCAUCUCUUGCACCCCUGGACCAGGAGACUGAGGAUGGGGCCCAGGAUAUACUCACACCGACCUCCAAAGGCCUUCAACAUACCUCAGAACCAGAGGGCCAGAUGGUAGCCCAGGGGACACUGGUACCUUCAGCCUCUUGGCCUCCAUGGACAACUCCAGCCUCCACCAUGGAUGAGGUGGCCUCUGUUUCCUCAGGGGAGCCCACCACACUGUGGGAUGCCCACAGCACCCUGUUGCCUAUAUCCUUGGGCUCAGAGGAGGCAGAGCUGGAGGUUGUGGCUGGUAGUCCAGACCUGGAGGGCUUCUGGGAAGAGGUGGCCAGCGGUCAGGAGGCCCCUACAGAUCCUUGUGAGAACAACCCUUGCCUGCAUGGGGGGACCUGCCGCACCAACGGUACAGUGUAUGGCUGUAACUGUGAUCAGGGCUACGCUGGGGAGAACUGCGAGAUUGACAUCGAUGACUGCUUGUGCAGCCCCUGUGAGAAUGGAGGGACCUGCAUUGAUGAGGUGAACGGCUUUGUCUGCCUCUGCCUCCCCAGCUAUGGGGGCAGCCUGUGCCAGAAGGACACCGAGGGCUGCGACCGAGGCUGGCAUAAGUUCCAGGGCCACUGCUACCGCUACUUUGCUCAUCGGAGGGCCUGGGAGGAUGCAGAGAGGGACUGCCGGCGCCGGGCAGGUCACCUGACCAGCGUCCACUCACCAGAGGAGCACAAGUUUAUCAUCGGCUUUGGACAUGAGAAUGCAUGGAUCGGCCUGAACGACAGAACGGUGGAGAGGGACUUCCAGUGGACAGACAAUACGGGGCUGCAAUAUGAAAACUGGCGAGAGAACCAGCCUGACAAUUUCUUCGCGGGUGGGGAGGACUGUGUGGUGAUGGUGGCACAUGAGAGCGGGCGCUGGAAUGACGUCCCCUGCAACUACAACCUCCCCUAUGUCUGCAAGAAAGGCACAGUGCUGUGUGGUCCCCCUCCAUCGGUGGAGAACGCCUCCCUUGUUGGUGUGCGCAAGGCCAGGUACAACGUCCAUGCCACCGUGCGCUACCAGUGUGAUGAAGGAUUUGCCCAGCACCAUGUGGCCACCAUCCGCUGCCGGAGUAAUGGCAAAUGGGACCGGCCCCAGAUUGUCUGCACCAAACCCAGGCGGUCACAUCGGAUGCGGAGGCACCACCACCACCAUCACCACCAGCACCGACACCAUAAAGCCCGCAAGGAUCGCAGGAAACACAAGAGACGGCUGGCAGAGGACUGGGAGAAGGAGGAAGGAAAUUUCUGCUGAAGAUCCAGGCCAAGCCAGCACAGACCCUCCCCACACCUCCUCCGGAGCCUUCGUCUGGGGAUCCAGAACCCAGACAGCCACAAAAGAGAGGAUGGGGAUGCCUCAGGGCUCACAGCCCUGCUAUCCUCUGUACAAAGCUCGGAUCUCCUCCCCCUUCCCCAAGUCCUCCUGGCCAGCAUUGCCUGGGCCUUCGAAGGCCACUCUGGUCUGACUGAGCCCUGGGAGCAUCUCCUAGCCAUGGGAAAGGGGGUUCCUGAAUUUUGUUUGCCAAGCUUCUGAGAGAGAGCAAGAUUGUGUGCGUGUAUGUGUGCUGGGGAAUGGCUCUCACACCAGAGAUUCUGGCUUAGUGAACGGGCCAUCCUGAAUCCAGGGUGAAGCUUUGGCUGAAGGAUUCUGGGUGGAGGCAGAAGUUUGAACCUGACGGGCCAUGCCUUCACCCAGGACCUCCCUGCCAAUGUGGUCCCUCUCUGCCUCUCUCCCACCCUCCCUUCCUUCCUUCUUUCCUUUCAUAGUCUUUCAUAUAGCCCAGGCUGGCCCUGAACUCACUG